AACGACCUCAUGGAUUCUCAUUUGUUUCUUUAAAAUUCCAUUUACUCAGGCGGUGCAUCGUCAUUUGUCCCCAUCUUAAGUAGUUAUGAUGCUAUACUCGCAUUUUUCUGAUAGUUCCAGUUUCCGGAUGAUUUAUCGGACCGAUGUUAUCUUUUACCUCUACGAUUUGUACUCGAACAUCUUUUAAUGGACCCCUUUCUCAUAGAUCUUCGUGCUUUAUGAUCACAGGUCGUAGGGUACUGGCCACUGGGUGGCAGUUCACCAUGCCAUUGGUACAUCAAUGAAGACCUGCCUGAAAUCAAUGAGAUUCAAGCAAGAUAGGUGCCUCCAGUUUAUUCAAGGAGUUAAUAUUAACUUCGUUACGCUCUGGUUCGUAGAGUUAAUCAUCUGGUUGCUGCUGCUUUCUAAUCCAAAAAGAAAUGAAGUGCCAUGGUUAUUUAUGUUGUACAAAGAAAACAAGUGCAAGGUUUCAUCCUCCCUUUUAGGUGUGGUGAUCUUUUGGGAAAUAACUUCAUUUGAUCUAUUCCAGAUCUCACUACCCGAUAAAACACGAGGACGAGCUUCCUGGUUCCGCAUCUCACAAGGAGGUUGUUGGGGUAAUCUCGAAUGGUGUGGAGCUCCAUCACUUUUGCUGAAUGGCUCACCGAGCCAUUGUUUCUGCAGCCUGUGA